AUGAAAAUUAUUAAAAAUAUCAUCGUUUUUCUACUUAUAAUAAUAACUCUUGCAAAAAGUGCUAAGGUAAUAAAAUAAAAUAUGUUUUUUAGUAGUUUUCGACCCGUUGAUCACUAUAAAGAGCUCAACUUCUAACAUGAGUUAUGACGUGGCGAGAUCCUAGGAGCUCAAAAAUGAUUUAUUGCCUUGUUCAGUAUAGUUGGACAUCGAGUAAAUGACAUUUUCAGGGUUUUUAAGCAAAUGAGUUGAAAUAUUGGGUUUUAAUGUUAUUCAUAUGAUAGAAUGGUCUAAGACGAAGAGAAUGAUAUAAAUUUUGAUGAAUUUACGUUAUCCAUAAGUGAUUUAACGACCUUAUCGACUAAACCUCGCCAAAUCACUUAUGGAUAACGUAAAGUCAUCAAAAUUUAUAUCAUCCUGUUCGUCUUAGACCAUUCUAUCAUAUGAAUAACAUUAAAACCCAAUAUUUCAACUCAUUUGCUUAAAAAACAUGAAAAUGUCAUUUAGUCGAUGUCCAACUGUACUGUUCAGGAGGUUCAUGGACUAUUGAACAACACUAUGCUAUCUCCAAAAAUCGCACCACGUCAUAACUCAUAUUAGAAGUUGAGUUCUGCAAUUUUAAACAGCGGAAUCGUGAUCAGCGGGUUGAAAACUACUAGAAAACAUAAAUUUUAUUUAAAAUCUACCUAUUUUCAGAAAACAAAGAAGACAUAUUAUCAACUUUGCCCGGUUUUAACAAAUGCGACAUACAAACAAUCGCCUGAAUUCAUCAAUUUGACAAUGCGAAACGAUUGUAAAUUCUGUCAUCUCACAUUUCAUCGCGAAACUGCCGAAUCUGAAUUCAUUCUAAACGCAAUGUGUCUAACAGAUGGCAGCAAACACGAGAAGCGACUCAAAGAACUAAUAGCCGCUAGCAGACCUAUAAAAUGUUUCAAGAGGUAUUUCGAUAGUAACACACUGGACUCGAUUCGAAAAUAUGGCUGUUUUGCGACUGGUUUUCAUGCGAUUGUACAGCAUCACAUAUGGAUCACAUUUUUCUCAAGUCAAGAUACGGAAAAUACAGAAGCAAUGAUGAGAAUGGUUCGAUUUUCAUCAUUUUUUUGGCAAAACUUUUUUUAAAUCUGUUUUCAGAUUGCGGUUGAAAGAGAAAAAUCCGAACAUGAACAUCUUCACCGCGACAAGCGAGGUUAUACCCAUGAAAUAUCAUAUGUUUCUUGGGCCGUUUUAUUUGCCACCUAUUUUAUUUUCUUCAUACUAACUAUGUUACAAUAUGAAUUUAAUAAUGAUGGAAUUCUUUAUUGA